AUCCCGGGAAAUUCAGAGACCGGGCUGCCAUAGUUCUCCCGGUACCAUGGCAACAACCAGUGCAGACGGGGCCCCCAGGGGCCAGCAGCGCAAUCCUCUCCAGGAUCUGGACGACUUGCUGCACUGUGGAAUUUGCUUUGAUUAUUUCAACAUCGCCAUGAUUAUCCCGCAGUGUUCACAUAACUACUGUUCUCUCUGCAUCCGGAAGUUCCUGUCCUACAAGACACAGUGUCCCACCUGCUGUGUGGCUGUCACCGAGUCGGAAUUACGGAAUAACCGAAUACUGGAUGAUGUGGUGAGGACGUUUGUCAGCGCCAGGACGCAUCUUUCCCAGUCUUCCUCGGACUCCUCGCCGCAGACUCCACAAGAUCUUUCCACAGGCACGCUGUCUACAAGUGGGAGACAUGGAAGCACUAGGAAGGAUAUAAAGCAGGAGAGAAAAUCUAUGGACAAGUUCCUGGUAAAAACCAGCGCAAAAAUAUCCAGAAGAUCCUCCGACGCUGCAAAUGUCUCCAUGGGGACCGCACUGGAUGGCUACCUGUUUGCCCCAUCAAGCUCCACUAGAUCAAUCAAACAGGAACCUGGUGUCACCGAUCAACCAUCAGAGGAAGUGUCUGCGCCCAGUAACCCAUCCACGUCCCUGGCAAAAGUUAAAGUGGAAUGCCCUGUGUGCGCGGUUGGCAUUUUGGAACAAUACAUCAACAAUCACCUGGACAGCUGCCUUACUAGGGAUGAGAAAAAAGAGAGUCUGCGCAGCUCAGUUCAAAAGCGGAAACCUAUGGCCAAAGUAGUGUACAACCUGCUGUCCGAGCGCGACCUGAGGAAGAGGCUGAAGGAGGUCGGACUGCCCACCCAAGGGUCCAAGCAGCAGAUGAUUCGGCGGCACCAGGAGCUGGUGCUCAUGUAUAACGCACAGGGCGACUCAUUGCAUCCCAAAUCAGUUGAAGAAAUAGUUUGUGAAAUUGAGAAAAAUGAGAAGAUUCGCUCCUCUCUGGAGGCAAAGAAAAUAAGUGGCCUGACAUUCAGCAAGGAGCAGAGUGAGGAGCAAAUAGACGGGAUUCACCAGGAUUACAGGAAUAAGCACAAGAAUGAAUUCCAGCAGCUCAUACAACAGGUGAAGGGUCGAUGGAAGAAUUCUAAGGGACUGGAGGUGAAAGAGGAGCCCAACACAGAUAACAUCGUCCAGGAUAUCAAAGAGGAGAAGAUGGAGGAAUCCACCCCCAACCGUCACCCAUUGUCAGAGACUGAGGAUUGUUGCCCGCUAAAAACCGAAAAUGCAUCUGUCUUCCGCUCCAGCUCACCUGUGUUCCCUCUUUCUCCCCAGUCUAGAGCCAGCUCCAGUUCUGACCUUCUUCGGGACAUAGAGGAAGCCACAUUUCCGAAAGCGUCAAAUUCUACCCUAGGUCCAUCCCAAAGCAGGAGGAGGAAGAGGAAAGUCGUCCCCUCGGCAUCGUCUAAGCCUCAGACAUCUAGGAGUAAGAGACAGCACAAAUAAAUGGUUUUGCUUCCACCGGGGACUGAGGACGACUUAAGAGACCUAAAGAAGCAGAACACAGAUGACUUCCAUCUUACCCAGAGAAGCGCUGCAUCUGGAGUCUGGGAGAGGCGCUCUCAGCAUUUCCCCCCUGGAAUUCCAAAACUUCCAUGUUAGAAGCACUAUGGCCACCAUUAUUACACCCAGCUUUCCCAGAUUCCGGAGCAGAUAAUUGGCUAUUUAUGCAGUGAUACAGCCUGGAACAGCCAUGGACAAUUCAAGGAAUUAUUUGCCUGGGAGAAGUAAACCUUCCAUAACUCUCCCCGAAGACUAAUCUUUCCUCGAAGAACCUGAGGUCACAGGGAUGGGAGAAGCUACCAAACCGUAUUCCUCUGGGUAGAGGGUGUGGAGGAGCCCCAUUGACCCUGUUCUAGCUGCAUUACACACCUUUCAAUGUGAAUGUAAGACUUGAGAUGGAAACUUUGAUACUUUUGGACUUUUUUUUUUCCUGAUGUUUUCAUCCUUUAUUUGCAGCUGCCGUCUCUUACCGCGCCGUCGUAGCCAUCAGUCACGCCUAAGUGCACUGAUGUCAUUUUAGUUUCAUUAAAUUUUCAAUGGCUUAUUUUAUCAUCAUCUCGUCACUGUAACGAUUGUUUUGUACUUUUUAUACUUCGCUGGUUGCGCUACCAAACUCGUCCUUUAAAACAGGCUGCAGCCGCUGAAUAAAAGUUUUCUCUUUGCUGCUUUCACCAGACGCACAUCCUUCAUUUCAGGGAUCGCCAUGUAUAUGCAGUGUACCGCCGGCUAAAGAUGAAAGGUUGCCGCUUCUCUCUCUUCUCCGCCUUCGCUGCUUCAGUUCCUCUGAUGAAGGAAGAAAAUACUUGUAUUCCCCAUGAAUAACAAUCCUGCAGCCUCUUUACUUAGAACUCUCCAUCGGGUCAUUCCUCUGUUACUCAUCCUGGAAAUGUAUAAAUAAAUGGACAAUUCCCAUUGUUAAUAGGGUGUGUGCCCUACACAGUUUGAUGCUAGCGGCACUAAUUGGAUUGUAUCGGGGGGCAUGGGGACAGUCCCCAUUGAAAUAAAG